ACAAAAAGAAAGCACCCAACGGCCCUCCCCCGCGCAUACAGAAUGGACGGGUCUCGGUAUAAAAGCCGCGGCUGGUCCAAUCAAGGUCACACUGUGUAUCAUGUCAAGGUGAUAGAAGCGUUCUGAACAUGGCUGGGGAGAAGGUGUUUGCCGCGGUCUACCUGCUGCUACAGGUACUCAGUGUACAUGCUAACUUAAAAUUUGGCGACCGCAUCCGUCAUGACACAGCUCGAGUCAAGGUGGGAGAUGCAGACUCAUUCAACAGAUUAUUAGAAAGAGGUGAAGGUAAUCGGAACGAAAACACGGAAGUCCCAAGUUCCUCUGGUGGUGACAACUAUACUAAUAAUAUAUUGGGGAGUAUUUCACCUACUGGGAACUCCUCCACUAAGGACGUCAAUACUGAUAGCAGAAAAUUUGGUCUCGAAGUUAAGGGUUCAGUGUUACCGGUCCCUCAACUCAGUGAGUCAGGAAGUAGACCAACAGAUAUCUUCACACGGUUUGAAAGGAGACAGAGAAAGACCCGACCUACGGUUCAGGCAGCAAGGGGUAACAGGCGUGACCUACCGCCGUCUCUGUACCGCAGGAAUGGGACUGUGACCAGGAAAAUAGGGUCAAAUUCUUCUUUGGAUCACCACCAUAGUUCCGACUCACAGACUAAAAGAUUCGCUGACUCACUACGCUAUACUACAAUAACUUCUCUGCCGCCGAGAACACCAACAGUGAGGAGCAGAGUGAACAGUGAUGCGCUGACCACAGACCAACACCCAGUGAAGGAUACAGCAACAGUUACGGAUAAUAUACAGAGGAAUGUAUUUGGCUCACUGAAGCAUCACAGCGAUAAGAACACACACACGAGGCGCGAGCAAGGGAGAAUUUCUCACCCACUAGAGGCUACAGAUGACCUCCCCGUGAAAGACCACCGAAGGCCAGAAGUUCAGAGACAAGAAAGAAAACCCAUAGAUAAUGAGCAUGCCGCAGGGACCCGUAAGUCAAACAGUGAGAACGGGAGAAGGCAGGAAGGCGAGGGACAACAGAUACAUGACACGGAAACAGACAAGUCGACGGCGCGAGCUGUGGUGGAAUACAAGGUUCCAUUUAGGAGUGAAAGUGCAAUUAAACAACUGAAUUUUAAAUCCGACAAUACGAACAAUGCACAGGUAACUAUCGGUGAAGACGAGCAACACAAAUUGUCAACUUUUACUUCUCCCAAACAAAUUGAAGCUUACACAAAGGACACGAAAACUACAAUACAGCGAGGGAAACCUUUUGUCUCAGUCCAACUAGCACCUCUCUUGACCCCGCGACCAGCCGUGCGUGACCCCGGCGGUGAGGAGGGAACAAAUCGCGUUACAGGAGAAAAGUCCAACGGUCCAUAUAAAUUGGAAUUUGACACAAGCAAGUUUGUAACUACAGUGGGACCAUUAGCCACCCACAGAAUUGAAAAUUUGCCUUUAAAUACAACAGCACUGCUGACAGAUGAGUUGACUAAUAGAGAAUACAAAGUUUAUCAACCAUUUACUCUCCCAUCUGCACCAACCAGUGAAAGUCCAUUGGUAAAUACGGCACACGACGUCCCACUGCCUCUGGCCAACGAGCUAAAACGAAGUAUAAAAGAAAACAAAAAUAAACAACACGGAAGAGAAAACUUUGUCGUGCAGCAAGACGGACCGAGACAAGAUGAUCACUCACAGCUUCACCAUUAUUUACAAGACAGGAAGUUCACUAGAAAUGCUUAUGAAAAUCGGCUCAAAGACGAACGUAUUCACCAACAUAUUUUCGAAUCUACACAAGAUAUAAUAGAGAUGUCAUCACCGAAAGAUGGGAGAACAGCUCGGCCGACGUCUGGUGAAGGAGGAGGAGGAGGAGGUGACACAGCACAAGAGGAGACGCACCCCAGCACAGAGAGUCCUCCCUGGACCCCAUCCUCAGAUCUUAUACCUGGGUCAUCGUUCUCCUAUAUUACAUUCACAAGACUGCCAGAGACGACCCAGCCGAUUGAUGCUGCUCAGGACAUAGCAGUGGCGCCCUCUGCCCACCAGCAUCGUCUCCUCCCUUUCGUUACGCCUCAUCCUUCGACAAACAUUCCCAGAAAAGGCGCUGACGGUGGCGAUGGUCCUCAGGGAGCACGGAACAGUGAGUCAGAUGCGGAAGAGGACAAGACUCCCCUCAACAGGGAGUAUCUGCUAGAUCGAGGACCUCCCCGCUUCGCAGGACAGAAUCCAACUCCAGUCUUACAAGGUCGAGAGAACCUACCUGACGAAGGUGAUAAUGUGUACCAUGCAGGUAGCCCCCAGGAAUCUGGUGGUGACCCAACGAAGGCAAGGGAGCUCGGUAAAGGAAACGUCCCAGGGGAGAAGGUCGGCCAGUUCUUUAAUUCAUUCGACAGGUUCCUCAGUGAACAUGGCAUCACUGAUGAGAACUUCGGCAAGACGAGGCGCGAGGAGAGUCCUCCGAGAGGAGCCCCAAGUGGCGGCCAUUUCGGGGAGACGGUAGAAGACCUCAGAAUCAUUGAGCAAAACAAACACAAGGAGAUUCAAAGAAAUAAUCUUCCUCAUCGAGAAACGCAGUUCAAGGGUCAUCAAGAUGGAUCACAGAUUAUACAGUUGCAGUCAAAUUAUCGGUAUCAACAAAAGGACCAGUUGAGUCAAGGACACAGUGUACACCAGUCUAAUCAAAGACAACAACACACCCAGAAUCCUCAGCAACAUAACCAACUAAAUCAAAUCCCUCAAACACAACAUAGUCCUCGAGGGCAAAGUCCGCCGUCUGCACACAACAUUCAACCUUUUGAUGAACGUCUUCCCAAAAAUUUUCGAAACCCUGAAUCCUCGUUGAAUUUUCAUCUAAGUCAACCACGAGGAGUUCCACUGAAUCAAGGCCCGCCACAUGACACACUUCCGAAUCAAUCACCACCACAAGGCGCACGUUCGAAUCAAGGUCCCCAACAUGGUGCACGUCCGAAUCAAGGCCCACCACAAGGCAUACAGUUGAAUCAAGGUCCAUUGCAAGGCGCACGUCCGAAUCAAGGCCAACCACAAGGUAUAUACCCGAAUCAAGGCCCACUGCAAGGCGCACCUCUGAAUCAAGUCUCACCACAAGGCGCACGUCCGAAUCAAGGCCCACCACAAGACAUACACCUGAAUCAAGGCUCACUGCAAGGCGUUGAUCCGAAUCAAGGCUCCCCACAUGGCGGACGUCCGAAUCAAGGGCCACUACAAAGCACACACCUGAAUCAAGGCCCACUACAAGGCGCACGUCCGAAUCAAGGCCAACCACAAGGUAUACACCCGAAUCAAGGUCAACCACAAGGUAUACACCCGAAUCAAGGCCCACUGCAAGGCGCACCUCUGAAUCAAGUCUCACCACAAGGCGCACGUCCGAAUCAAGGCCCACCACAAGGCAUAAACCUUAAUCAAGGCUCACUGCAAGGCGUUGAACCGAAUCAAGGCUCCCCACAUGGCGUACGUUCGAAUCAAGGCUCAUCUCAACGAUCACAAAUAAUUCAACUCCUACCACUAAGUGUUCGAUUAAAUCAAGUUGUUCCACAAGGCUUGCGGUUCCCCCAAGGCCAGUCACAGAACUCACUACUGUAUAAGGGCCCACCACAAGGUGUACCUUCGCAUCAGGACCUACGACUGAACCAAGUCCCACACUCCAGAGGCCCAGAAAAAGACUCCCCUCAAGAACAAGCACAUCCAAACAAGAUACCUCAGGACGAACCAAACCUUCGACAACACAGCUCCUCGCUCUCACACCAAGCAGGCGAAUCACUACACAAGAAUCACGAGGAAGUAUCUGGACACGGGAAAGAAGAUUCGAGGAUCACGAACCACCGGCCUCUCCCUCCUCCCUUACCAGCCUUUGACAAUGAACGCAUACACGGUGAUGAUUUUCCGUUUCCUCCCUUCCUGAAGUCUCCCUUGUCUCUCUCACAGGAAAUCAAAACACCCUCUCCCUCACUGGAGUCUGAAUCAUAUGCUCUUUCUCUUAAAGAAGAAAUCCCUUUCUUUUAUGACCUUAAACUCCCGGCCCCUCUGCACACAACCCCAAAGGAGUCAACGAUUUCUCCAGGCCAAACUGUGUCACAGGAGGGUCAGCUGUCAAAACCCUCGCUGACGACUCCUGUCAUCCCUCCCAUACCACCGCCUUAUGACCCCCCGACAGAGCCCUCGUCAGUCAUUGUACCUCCUCCAACUCCUACACCCGAUAGAUUUCCCUCUCCUCCUGCUUCCACUAAUAUACUCCAUACAAGAGAGCGUCCAGGUGAUAAUGUAAUUAGAGACACCCGUAACUUACCUGAGGAAUUUACUAAAGGUAGUUCAGCAAUAAUACCAAAUACAAAUGGUCGGGACCCCAGAAGAGUAUCAGAAACUGUGAUUGAAAAACGUCCCUUUAUUGACCUUAAUGACUUCCAAGGAUUGAUAGCCUAUGAACUUCAAGAUAAACCUCGCGAUUUAUUACCAGCCAAUGAAAGACCAAAUAACUUGCCGGUACAACAACAGAGAGUCGACCAACACCAAUCUACAACGUCACAACGACAGUCAAGUGGCCCUGUUCUGUCCAGCACUACCGUACCUCAUCAACGACCACCACCCCAACCUGCACUACCAGUUGUAUCUCCCUUCCCUUCUAACACAUCACCUCAGUCUCCUUCCCUCUCAGUCGGAGGCAGAACGCAAGGAACUCAGCCUCUCACUCCUUCAGGUAUUAAUCAGAGAUCUGUCCCGCCUUCGGAUAUCGUGAUAAAUGGCACACCUCUCACAUUUACUAAAGCAGACGUCAAACACUCCCAUGUCCAGAUCACUACACCCAGCGGUAAGGUGACGGCACUUCCUCCUGGAAAUAGACAACACUUCAACCAAGGCAACGUUAACAACAACCUUCCCGCAGCGUUUCACAAUAACAGACAGCGUCCUACUGCCCAAGGCAACAGAGGAACUCAAGUAAACAAAGAUAACAGAAGACCUCAGGGCAACCAGGAUAUCAGAAGACCCACCGGUAACCAUGACAACAGACAGCCUCUGAGGGGUGAAGGUAAUCAAAGACCCAUAUUUUUAUCCCCAAAUAGGCCUCCUGUCACCCCACUCAGUCCACCCUCGAGGUUCCCCGUAGUUCAGGGAAAUCGAAGACCCCCGGGAGCUGCAGAAGGUCAGAGAAUAAUAAACCAUCGUCCACUUCCGCCUCGCCAGCCAUUGAGACAUCCUGAUGACCGCCUCAGACCUCCGCCACCUAGAUUUGGUAAUCAACAAAAUCACGACCAGCGAGUAACACAACCACAAGAUGAGACUGACGACGCGUCUCGACAAAACUUACGACAUGCAGAAACGAGAGAAAACGAGAAUAUAAUCGAGCACACUUCGAGUGGCGGAUCCUUCAGCGGGAACCAUCAAUCUCAGAGCGGUACAACACCCCACAACUUCCAACAAUUCAAUCUUCUUCCCAAUACACAUCCUCCUCAUCACUCUGGCCCUAUAUUUAACGAUGGAAGGCCACCCUCCCUUCCUCCUCCUCCGCCCCAGCUUCGUCCUCUGCCCCAUCGACCACCACCAUCUACACCAACACGUCCCCAUCCUUUUGGAAAUUCCCAUCCCCCUCGUCCACCUCAUCAGCGCCACCCACAAUUCCUUCCCCACGAGAGGAAGCCCAACAAUUUUCAACUCCAGCCUACGCAAAUACAACAACCACGACCUUCCCUCCCUCGUCUGCCUCGAGGAAACCUACAUCCUAGACCCCAUCAAGACGCCAUUGACUUCAUCCAACUUCCACACAUCACGACCUCACUCGGACCUCCUCAUGGCGGCACCAACAAGCCAUCCUUCAAAAGUUCCCCUUACCAAGAAAACUUCGUCGAACCCCCCAGGUCUCCUUCGGCAAGGGGAGUUCGCUUCCCUUCGGGUAACGAGAUCGAGAAGGACUUCCGACCUAUGCACGAGGUGUCUCAGCCUCUGCCAGUACCCUCGAGCCUAGAGGAGCCCCAGGUAUCAGAAAGCCACGCAAAGUUGAUGAGGAAUAUGCGUUUUGGGGUGAAUGGUGAGCCGCUCGACGUCUGGAUCCCCAUCACGACCAAGGGCGGCGGCGGGAGUGAAUCUUCAGGGUCAACCUUCAGAGGACAUCCUGGCCUUCACGACGCCCAACACGACGCACACACUAACGAGGACUACAACGACUACGAUGACAACGACAAUAACGUAGAUUUUCAGAGGUUCCAAUCAAAACAACUAGAUACUGCUGAAUUCAAUCUCCCUCUCGAUGAAGUUGUAGAGGAAACUAGAUUAAUCGAACAGAAUGCUCCCCAACACCCGACUCCCAACCCUGCCACUGUGCCACACUCACAGGUCCCUUCUCCCAACCACAUUACAAUAACACGCUUACAGCCUACUUCCCUCAACCCCACUACAGCACCACACUCUCAAGACGCUCCUCCAACCCCAACACUUAGACACACUUCAGCACCCAACUUACACAAAGGACCGCGAUUCAGCAUAAUUGAUUUCCCAGGCACCGAUACAGUGAGCUCAGCACACUCAUAACAAACUGGUGUUGUGCGUGACAGUCAAGAGCCUUAUAGGGUGCGUGGGGCUGUUGGGUAUAUGCUGUUAUAUUUUUCUACUAGUGUUAUUAUUUAUCAAAGUAUGUUGAUUAUUUAUAAGGAAUAUCAAUGAGGCAAUAUCAAUAAUAUCAAUAUAUACAUUUAUAAAGUGAUUCUCAGGAUAAUGUACAUCUUAUAAUAGUACACAUUCAAAUAGAUAUGUAUUGGUAUUCAUAAUAAAUUAUACUUAAUA